UACACAUUUAUAAACGCCGUUUAAUGCUGUUAUCCUUUCGACACAGUUAAUCAAUUCAUUCUGUUCAUUACCGCAGCCCAUGCUGUACUUCAACAUGUCUAAAUCAGUUCGGCUUCUUGUGAUUUUUGCACUACUGCAUCAAGUAGUAUUCAUAGCAAGCGCAAAAGCAAAUACUAAGAGCAAGAUUGGGCCGAAUUGUCAAAGUUUUUCGCAAGGUGUUACAUUCAAUGACUCGGAAGCAAUUGGUGUAUGGCACCUUUUGCAUUUCAGAACAGAAAAGAUGAAAGGUUCUGGUGAUCCUCACUGCGUGGAGUUCACUCCAAUCGAUGAAAAGGAAAUAAAUGAUUUAAAGGAUCAAAUCGGAAAAUUCGUAGAGAAUCUGAACUGGGAGAACGUUACGUUGAAAAUGCAAAUACCUUGUAGAAGCGCCAACAAGACCAGAGAUUAUUAUUUAGAGAGAUUGGAAGGUAACGGCUCUUACAGGACUUUGCAGAAGCCACCACUCACAGCAAAACUAGACCUAGCAGAGUUCAACCGUUACCCAAUGCGUCUGAAAAUAAUUGAGGGCCUAUAUCUCGGCAUGAUGGACUGUCACGAAAAAUUCGUCUUCAUCCUUGGAAAGCAACCGCCCGAAGGCAAGGAAUUAGAUGAUCGCCUUAAGAAGAUGAUUGAAACAUACUGGCCUGAGGAUUAAUUAAUAAAAAACUAAGUAUCUAUAAAAAUACAUGACAUAACAUACUAAAUGAUGUAUUUCCUUAAACAUAAGAAUCAUCUAAAGUAAGAUUUAAGUGUAACUUAGCAACGAAAUAAAACAAACAAAAAACAUUCAAAA